CCAUCCUCCAACUUGAUUUUAUUUUAUGAAUUACUACACUUUGGGGGAAAAGGAAAGCUGCAAAAGGCGGCAGGACCCAGAUUUGGCAGACAACUCCCCCCCCCCACUCUCUUUUUCGGCUGGGCAGCGGAAAUCUUGAGGAUUGGGAGUCCCAGCCGAGGAACGCCAAGGGAAAGUAACGGCGACGAACGCCGAAGUAGUUGGGAGGAACGAGGGGACGCCUCUGGGGCGAUCGGAGCCUUCGUCGAGGCUGAUGGGCCACAACAAUUGUAAGAUAAGAACAACAUGUGAAGUGAACAGGCCCCAGAAACAGCAAUCAAAGGAGGAACAAGUGGCCUGUGUGUCCCAUUUGGUGUUUCUGAUUUGUUUUUGUGAGGAAGAGAGAGAGCUAAUUGAAAUGCCAGGACAGGGACUGGUUGCUCAGACUGAGGUGGACAUGAAGAUAAUGAAAGAAUACACUAAAGCUACAAGUCUUCUACAGGAUCAUCAAGCCCAAAAAAGUUUUCACCUCUGGAGUUUAGCAAGUAUUGGAAUCAUGGUACCUCUAUCAAAAUUGGUGGGUGGAGAUAUUUGGCAAAGUCUCUGUCCUCCUAAAAAAUAAAUGACAAGCCUUUUUUUUGCGUACCAUGAGAGAACAGGACAGAAGUCUUCUGUGGAAAAUUCCAUUUCUUUCUUCAUUUUCUUUAUAUAUAUAUAUAUAUAUAUUGCUAUCAGGUUUUUUCCUCUAUAGCAGAAAUAGCUGGAUGUUAAAGGUUCCCCCUCCUGUACAUACACACACGUCUCUUAUUAACAAAAUAAUGUGUUGGAUAUGAUUUUUGUCUCUGCACUUCACAGCUCAAUAGACAUCCUUUUGACAUCAAAUUUGCUUGUUAGUCUGGUGUACUUGGAAGUUGGUCAGAGGUUACAUUCUCUUUAGCCCUCGGAAUUGUUGCUUUUAUUGUGUCUCUGUGGUGUCUAUUCAGAGCACCUGCAUUUCGGCUGUGUCUAAAAAACAUGUCAGCCAAGAGGUAGACAUAUCUUAUAGCAUAAAGCCUUCCCCCCAAGUUUAAAUAAAAGUCCUUCAAGCAUAUUUUUCAUAGUGGCACCUUGAUCCACAUGUGACAUCUGAACACUGUGUUUUUUCAAAAAAAGUCUAUGCCUGAAGGGAGGAAACUGCCUAAUGGAUCAUGGCUCUAAUGUUUACAGGACAAUCCUUAUUUUUAGCAUUAGCGAUGUUGGCAGUCUGCACUUUUGAAGAAUCUGUGAGUAAUUACUCAGACUGGGUGACUUUUGCAGAGGAUAUGGAUCAGUAUGAGAAACAAAAACUGGAAGAUUUCAAGGCUGGUCAGAAAAUGAAAAAAACAGUUCUUCAUCCAAGCUUGUAUUUCAGUGCUGAAGAGAUCCCAGCAUUGAGGCAGAAAUCGCACACCAGCCAUCUCCACCUCUUUAGAGCAAUCAGGAGUGCAGUGUCUGUGAUGCUAUCCAAUCCGUCCUACUACCUACCUCCACCCAAGCAUGCUGAUUUUGCUGCCAAGUGGAAUGAGAUAUAUGGAAACAAUUUGCCUCCCUUAGCAUUUUACUGUCUCUUGUGCCCAGAAGAUAAAGCUGCCUUUGAUUUUGUUUUAGAAUAUAUGGACAGAAUGGCUGGAUAUAAAGACUGGCUGGUGGAGAAUGCCCCGGGUGAUGAAGUUCCUCUCGGGCAUUCCUUAACUGGCUUUGCUACAGCUUUUGAUUUUUUGUAUGCCUCGCUGGAUGAUAUCAGAAGACAAAAAUACUUUGCUAAGAUCUUGGCCAUAAGUGAGGAAAUGUAUGGAUAUUCCAAAGUGCGUUCCUGGGGCAAGCAACUACUUCAUAAUCACCAAGCCACUAACAUGGUGGCAUUGCUCAUUGGAGCUCUGGUAACAGAAGAGAGCGUAGAGGCCCAAGCAAACGUCUGGAAACAUACAGUAGUAGAUGUGAUGGAGAAAACCAUGUUUUUGCUAAACCAUAUUGUUGAUGGCUCUUUGGAUGAAGGUGUAGCAUAUGGCAGCUAUACAGCCAAAUCAAUAACCCAGUAUAUUUUUCUGGCACAGCGCCACUUUGGGAUUAACAAUUUUGGAAACCACUGGCUCAAAAUGCACUUUUGGUUUUAUUAUGCUACCCUUUUACCUGGCUUUCAGAGAACCGUGGGCAUAGCUGAUUCCAAUUACAAUUGGUUCUACGGACCUGAAAGCCAGCUGGUUUUCCUAGAUAGAUUUGUGCUGAAGAAUGGAGAGGGCAAUUGGCUUGCACAGCAAAUUAGAAAACAUCGGCCGAAGGAUGGCCCCAUGGUGCCAUCCACUGCCCAGAGAUGGAGUACACUUCACACAGAGUACAUAUGGUACGACCCAGGAUUAACUCCCCACCCUCCUCCUGACUAUGGCAGUGCUAAAAUGCAUGUAUUCCCUAAUUGGGGUGUUGUUACCUAUGGGGCAGGGUUACCAUAUGCACAGACAAAUACCUUUGUUUCUUUCAAAUCUGGGAAACUGGGUGGCCGUGCUGUCUAUGACAUAGUCCACUUUCAGCCCUAUUCCUGGAUUGAUGGGUGGCGAAGCUUCAACCCAGGGCAUGAACACCCCGAUCAGAACUCUUUCACCUUUGCUCCCAAUGGGCAAGUUUUUGUCUCUGAGGCCCUUUAUGGACCCAAACUUAGCCACUUGAAUAAUGUCCUGGUGUUCGCUCCAUCUCCCACCAGUCAGUGCAAUCAGCCAUGGGAGGGCCAGCUUGGUGAAUGUACACAGUGGCUUAAGUGGACAGGGGAUGAAGUUGGAGAUGCUGCUGGUGAGAUUAUAACAUCCUCUCAGCAUGAGGACAUGAUGUUUGUAAGUGGUGAGGCAGCGUCUGCAUACUCCUCAGCAAUGAAGCUGAAAAGUGUAUACCGUUCGUUACUUCUGUUAAAUCCUCAGACUCUGCUAGUGGUCGACCAUGUGGAAAAGGAAGUGGAUUCUCCCAUCAACUCUAUCAGUGCCUUUUUUCAUAACCUUGACAUUGACUUUAAAUAUGUCCCAUAUAAAUUUAUGAACACAUAUAAUGGAGCCAUGAUGGAUGUAUGGGAUGCUCAUUAUAAAAUGUUUUGGUUUGACCAUCAUGGAAGCAGCCCGGUUGCUAGGAUACAAGAAGCAGAGCAGGCAGCAGAGUUCAAAAAAAGAUGGACACAAUUUGUAAAUGUCACUUUUUCUGCAAAAAGUGCUACUGCGAGAAUUGCCUACCUGUUCUAUGGGCCUAAUGUCAAUAUUUCCAGCUGUAGGUUUGUUGAUGAUGCCCACACAGGGUAUCAGAUUUCUCUAAAUGUCAACAAUACUGAAACUGUUUUCUCUGUUGUCACAGACUAUCUAAAUCUGAGGAAAAGGUUUAGUUAUUUAGGUUUUGGUGGCUAUGCCAAGGUAGUUACUCAAGGAAAAGUUACAAAAUUUGGCCUUGGAACUGAAGCUAUAGAAAAGCAGGCAUCAACUAACAAGACUAUUUUCCCCUUUGGAUUUAAAGUGAAUAUAAUAGCAGGGCUGAUUUUGGGGAUUAGCUUGGUCAUAUUGGCUAUUCAGUGGCGGUUUUAUAUUUCCUUUGGCAAGCUUUUGCGUUGGACCCUAUUCCUGGUAAUUAUACUGUGGUUUGUUGAACUGAUUGAUGUGUGGAGCUCUUGUACUCAACCAAUCUGUGCAAAAUGGAGUAGUGACAUGACAGGUACAGAACACAAUGCAGAGAAGGACCAAGGGCACCCUGUGAAUUUGCCAGACGUUAUCAUUACCUCUCUCCCCAGUUCAGGUGCAGAAAUUUUGAAGCAAUUGUUCUUCAACAUCAGUGACUUCAUCUAUAUCAAGAUCCCAACAGGAUACCUUGAUGUUCCUGAAACAGAAUUUGAGAUUGACUCAUUUGUUGACGCCUGUGAAUGGAAAGCAUCUGAUGUUCAAAGCGGCCACUUUCGGCUCCUUCAGGGUUGGCUGCAUUCUCUAGUCAAGGACACCAAGCUUCAUUUGCAGAAUAUCCAUUUACAGGAAACCAGCAGAAGUAGGUUAGUUCAGCAUCCCUCCACUAGUAAAGACAAAAAGAGACGUCCUAGAAAGAGAGAAUCCAUAGCAGAACAAAGAAACCGACUCAGAGGGAGUUCAGAUAAGGAUGCUGAAUACAUUAGGGAACUGAGGAGACACCUUACUUUUUAUCCAAAUGCACGACCUGUACUCAGUCUAAGCAGUGGGAGCUGGACAUUAAAGCUGCCUUUCUUUCAAGAAAUUAUAGGUCCUUCACUCAGAGCACUCUAUGUAGUACGGGACCCUCGGGCAUGGGUCUACUCAGUACUGUACAAAAGCCAGCCUAGCCUUUACUCCUUGAGGAAGAUUCCACAGCGUUUAGCUAGGCUUUUUAAUGGUAGUGGAAAAGACAAGUGUAGUUUAAAUUCAGGCUAUGCCUUUGAAUACGAACCACUGAGAGAGGAACUCUCCCAUUCAAAUUCAAAUGCUGUCUCUGUGAUGUCCCAUUUGUGGCUGGCAAAUACAGCAGCAGCCCUGAGACUCAACAGGGAUUUGCUGCCAGCAAAUUAUCGACUCCUCAAGUUUGAAGACAUUGUCAACUUUCCCCAGAAGAUGGCUGAAGCCAUCUAUGCCUUUCUCGGAAUCCCUCUGUCUCCUGCUAGCUUAAACCAAAUAUUAUUUGCCACAUCCACCAGUCUUUUUUAUCUUCCUUAUGAAGGGGAAAUCUCUCCAGUGAGCAUCCAUGCUUGGCGACAUGAUAUGCCUCCUGAGGAAAUUAAGGAGAUUGAGGACAUCUGUUCCACUCUAAUGGACCGCUUAGGAUAUCCAAAGUUUACUGAUUUAGAUGCUGCGGGUCAGCAGUAGUUUGCACUAAGGAUCCCCAGGCAUUUGUAAAUAAGAAUCAAAGAAUCUGGUUUAUUCUUGUAAAAUGUCUUGUACAGUCUGUUAUACUCACAGAGAGAUUAUUUUAAAUGAAAUGAGAUAUUUAGUCUAGUAAGAGGUUUUGCUCUCCCCAGCUAAAACCUAUAAUUACUUUUGCUGCCUUGGAGAAUAAAACUGUGUGAAUCUUUAUGUUCUUUUUCCAGAUGGACACUGGGGAGCUCAGGGGACUGGUAAUAGGAUAAGGAUCCUUUCAUUUUGAGGAUAUCAGUAUGAAUUCCAGCCAAGAAGGGAGUUGCCAAACGUUAUGGCCAUCCACUGGCUAUUUGCUGGCUAAUGUGAAAUCAUUGGGGAAGAGCCAAAGCUCAGUCCUAGUUUUUUUGUGAACAACUGUGUUUGUUUUUUUUAAUAAAUAAAUAAAUAAAUAAAUAAAUAAAAAUAAUAGAGUUUACAUUUGAAAGCAAGUAUCUCCCAUGGGCUGGAUUUGCUGGUGUAAGGUGUUGAGAAGCUGUAAACUGAAGAGAACCAGCUAAAUGUGUUGUUGUUUUCUUUAAAAAGGAAAUGCUUUCCUAAGAUUACUGGAAUGACAAUAGACACAUCCCUACAUACACUCAGACAGACAUGUUGUAAACUGAACAGAACUAGCCAGGUGUGCUGCUUUUUAAGAAAUGCUUUCCUAAGACUAUACAAGCCCCAACAGACAUAUCCCUACAUAAACACACACACAGAGAGAAAAAUUGGCAAGAUUGUGGCAUCAUCUUCAUAGCCUGAGCAAAGUCACCAAGAAGCAAGUGGCUGUGGAAAUAGAAGAACACUCCUUAAUAUGUUUUCCCCAUCUGUAGUGAGGAACUAAGGCCAAGAAAGUUUAUUUCAGGAUAACAUUGCCAUUUGUAAUAAUAAUGUUAUUUUUUUUAAAAAAAAGAAUUGGUCCAAAUAAAGGAUAAAUUACAGCAGCAUGAGGUUAUUGUUGAU